CAGCGUUCGUAGUUACGCCUGCGUCUUGUGCGAGACGUGUUGUGUGUUGGGAAGGGAUGUAUUAACUGUGCGCGUGUGAAUAAUGACUACUAAAAAAACAUUCGGCAAUAGAAAAUUCUAUGCUUUGCCGGAAGAGUACCCUUUACGUGUGUCCAAAGUACGACCAUCGCAUACUCCCAAGAAAACUGAAGAAACUUCAAAGCUCAUCAAAUACAUCGAUGAAAAUGUUAUUGGCAGAAACCAUACCUUCACAGGACCCUAUGGCAGAAGAAAAGUCUCGGCCGCGUUCUUGGCGGGGAAAGGGGUGGGCGAUGACCUCUGGGUGGCCGCAAUCGACGUGGCAGGUAGUUGUGACCAGAGAGGGUGA